CUCAAAAUGGUCCUUUGAAGGUUCUUUAUGGAGAAUAGAUCGUUUAAAAAUUUGAUCAUCCAAAACACAGACUUUUAUUAUCCCUAUCUGAUAAUGCAAGCAAGGCAAUUAUUCCAGAUAGAUCAAGAGACUUUAUUCGCUCUCAAAAUAAGAAUAUGACCUCAACCCUCGAUGAAAGAUACUGACAAAAGUGAAAAUUAUAAAUUCUCUGAAAAUCACACUGAGAUUGGCAUCAAGUCAGAGUUUGGAAGCACAAAUAAAUUUGAUAAGGUUGUUUUGAUCAAAGACGACUCUAUCCUGGCAAAAGUUCGAGCGGGAAAGAAUGUUAAUAAAAGAGCUAAGACACAGGCAGGGAGAAGAAUUAGGAAUAAAAAUAAAACUCCAAGUUGUUCAACUCAUGACAUCCUGAAUCAAUCAACUAGCACAGCUAAUGAUACUUCUCAAAUAGAUGUUCACAUAGUCACGGAUCCAGAACUAAUUAAAAAGUCCCUUACAUGGAAGAUGGUCAAUUCAAAUACUAAAGAGAAUAGUAAACUUCAAGAUAUCAAAUCAGCUUACAGAAAGCCGAUCAGAUUGGUAAAGCUCAAAAUAGACAACACUCAGGAAUUUAAAAUCCAUCCUAUGGCUUUAUCAAAAUUCGUGAAUGAUGCUAUAAAGGACCAAAAAUGGAAAGACAAGCUGAUUCAGUAUCACAUAGCGUUCAGCAAGAAUAGCUUAAACCUUAAGCCAAGUUGGGAUUUCCAGCGUGAAAAUAAAGGUGCUAUCCUCCACAAAGACCUCACCUCUUUAAAAGAAUUCGAAGAUACUAAAAGAGUCAUCACGGAUUAUUUUGAUUCGCUCGAUUCCAUCCUGCAGAAUAUUGAGAAGUCAAUUUUUCCUUUAGCAAAGACAGCCUUGCAGAUGGGAAAUAACAGCAUACUCAAAGAUGUGUAUAAUCUGGAGUCUACCACUCUUAAAUAAGAAUAAUGAGUACUAUGGCAACACAAAGGCCAUCCCAUCCGAUAGGGGUGCAACAAAAAUCUUUAAGAAGCUUCAAACAAAAGGGUCUAAAUAUUAUGGAGACCUGCUGAGUGUUGAUAGCGAGAACACGAACCAUAGAAGUAUCGAUGUGGGGGACAGGACAUUUGCAGGGAAAUCCCUUGAGAGUUGCUUCCAAGUAACAAAGAAAAAGUCAAUCUCCAAGAUCUCCUCGAGAUACUCCAGAAAGCAUGUAGCAGAUAAGAACUAUGAUCACUUCAGAACCUCUGUAGGCUUCGGAGCCAAGUUUAAGAUGAAUUUAAGAAAAAUAAGACAGAAUAAGAGAAAAGAAAGCAAACACUUGAAGGGGUAAAAUUCAAAAUUUGGUUACGGUCUUG